AUGCUUAGUCAGGGACCAGAGAUGGAAAAGCAAGCACCUGGGUCCCACGGAUGCUUUAGCUGGGAUGCAUGGAGAAAUCUGCUGUUGCCCCAGUUAAACAGGCAAUCUCUGUAUGUGUACGGCAGCGAAGUGGCUGUGGAGAAGGAGUGUAUCAGACAAAGAGAGAAAGGAGUCUUUGUCAUUCAUCCGUUCAGUCCUUUAAGAUGGUCGAAACUGAGCUCUGCUUUUUUCUUGUCUUUUUUUUUUUUCUUUUUCAGGAGUUACUACAUAAUGUGCAUGGUGGCCAUAACAUUUCUGAACCUCAUUGGGAUCCCGAUAGAGAUUGCUUUUUUGGACGGUCAAGGCGGAGUGGGCUGGGAGGGAUUUAACGUCUUCUCCGAUACUCUGUUCCUUGUCGACGUGGGACUCAACUUUCGCAUGGGGUUCAUUUCCGAGGACAACGAGGCGGUCAUUCUCGAUCUGAAAUCCAUUCGCCAAAAUUAUCUAAAGAGUUGGUUUAUACCAGACAUGAUCGCAGCAUUUCCAGUGGGCUACAUCUUGUUAAUUGCGGAUCUGCAAUAUCAUGACGAUUCUCCAUCUUCUAAAGCUAGUAAAAUGGUGAGGAUCCUUAUGUUCGUGCGGAUCCUCAGCCUGGUGCGUCUGCUACGUGUCUCUCGGCUGGUCCGCUUCUUUAACGAAGUGGAGAAAGUCUCGAAUGCCAACCUGGAGGUAGUUCGAGUUUUGUUCAGAAUCCUGUCUCUGUUCAUGAUGAUUUUUCUGCUCUGCCACUGGAACGGCUGCGUGCAGUAUUUUGUUCCGAUGCUGGAAGAGUUUCCGUCAGACUGCUGGGUCCGACGAGAAAACCUCAUGUUGAAUCUUCUGGAAAUCUAUAUGACCUCGAUGAAGCUUCCCAAAGAGCUGCGUAUGCGCGUCAGAAAUUACUUUCAGUCUCGCUAUGGGGGAAAGUGGUAUGAUGAAAAGGAUGUAUUAAACUGGGUGUCUUCAUCCAUUAAGGAGGAGAUCUUGAUGAUCAUGUGCUCGGGCCUUGUGAGAAGAGUCCCCCUCUUUUCCAACUGUGAAAUAAACUUCAUCAACGCCAUCCUUUUCCAUCUGCAAUAUGAGGUGUUUCAAGAGGGUGACGUCAUCGUAUAUCAGAACACCCCUGGUGAUCGCAUGUUCUUCAUCGAGCGUGGACAGGUCGUCGUGGAGACAGAGAAUUAUCAGAUAGAGCUAUGUGAUGGGGGCUACUUUGGAGGUCAGUAUGAAAUAAAACUACUUAAGCUAUUGUACUAUAUAUAUUAUAAUUCUUAUAUACAGUCAGAUGCAUAAUUAUCGGCACCUUUGGUAUGGAUGUAUAAAAACGGUUAUGGGGGAAA